AUGUUGACGAGAUCGCAGCGAGAAGCCUUGGCUAUAUCGCGUGCGGCCCGCUGCGAUAUCGGCAAUUAUGUUGGGUGGUGGAAGCCGAAAAAUUUGAACUCCCGCGCAAAAAAGUUUUUUUUUAUGAAGCAAACUUGCUCUAUGGACAAUCUUUCGAUUUUGGUUUCAUCGAAAUUUUUGAAAAAUUUUUUAACUUCAAAGACUUCUGUUGCUCCCAUGUUUCUUAAUGUCAUAAUGGUUGUCAAGAAAAAAAAUUCAUUUUUCUUCUCUGCAAUCGAUCACGAGCUUUUUGAACAAAAAAAGAACUUCAGAUUCUACUUAUGGCAGUGGACUUACUGGUGGCGUCGAGGGGUUACCGGACCAUGGUCAUAUCCGGUGAUUGGGAAUAGUUGGACCUUAUUGGACCUCGAAAAUCCGACACCUCUGCAACUCCGUGAGUGGUCCAAGGUUGGAAAGCUUUUCUUUUGACUGAAAGCCUUUGUUUCAUUUUAAGAAGUAUGGAAAAGUUUACGGGAUUCAAGAAGGAGUCAGAAACGUCCUCGUCCUCAGUGACCCUGCCAUGGUCCAAGAGGUGUUCGUCAAACAAUUCGACAAUUUUCACGGUCGAAAGGUUAGAAUUUUCAAUCACUUUAUUUUUGUAACGUUUUUUCGUUUCUCUUCUAUGAAAUAUUUCCCAUAGUUGCGAAUAUGCCAUUUUUUAGCCAAAUGGAUGUUUUUGAAUGGUAUAAAUAGUAUCAAAUUUCCAGACCAACCCCCUCCUUUUCAAUUCUCAAAACGCUCCACGCAUUCACGUCUUCAACGCGGAAGGAAAUCGUUGGAAGCGCCUUCGUACCAUUUCCAGUCCGACUUUUACGAAUAACAAUUUGAAAAAGGUACAUUUUUCAAGAAAUACUUUUUCUCAUCGAUUAUAAUUUCUAGAUCCGCCAAACGGUCGAAGAUUCGGCUCUGGAGCUUCUCCAACACAUUGAGAAGCACUCCAAUGAGCCAAUCAACUUCCUGUCGUGAGUUUCGACCGUAUUUUAAAUGUUUUUUAAAAUUCUUUUUAAGAUACUUCCAAGAGUUCACGAUGGACGUGAUCGGACGAAUUGCGAUGGGCCAAACGGAGACAAAAAUGUUCCACAACCCAUUGUUGGAGCCACUAAAAAAGGUUUUCAUGCUAAAAAAUAUAGUCCUACUCGAAAUACUGGGGUCGCAUCAAGAAUAAGACAGAGCGUCGCGUUGUGGCCUCAAUAUGUUGCUUUAGUAACUCUGGUCGGUUUGCUAGAGCGUGGUCUUUUUUGAAGUUUGUGGAUUAAAAGCCAUUCCAAGUGCGACCAUGGCGCCUGAGCUCAUUACGAAUUACUUUACACUUCAUCAAAAAAAAACCCCUAUUUGAAUAUUUAGCAAGCUAGAAAGGAAUGAAUCCAAGAAGCUCAUGCCGUGUUCAAAGUAAUUUCCGCGAAAUGCAAAAUACCCGUUAGAGAAAGGAAAAGAUCACUGAAUUUUGGAGAGUCAGAGAUCAUUUUGCAUUUCGCGGAAAUUACUUUGAACACGGCAUCAAUCAAUUUUUGUAAAGAAAAACUGACUUGAAAAGCUUUAGGAAAUGCGCCCCAUAGCUAAUCUUAUCUAUUUUUUUAUUGCGCGUCGGUUGUAAUGUGUGCCUUGCAGUUUGAUGAUAAGUGUGCACACGCAAAACACCAGACCUCACGCGCUUAUCAAUACUUUUUGAUGCGCGUCGGUUAUAAUGUGUACCGUGCAGUUCAAUGAAAGUGUGCACACCAAAACAACGAACCUCACGCACUUAUCUUUAAAAAAGAUAUUUGUUUUGAAGUUUCUCGCAAAUUUUCAAGUUUGAAGUACUCCGUUUUCUAUAAUUUUUCUCCACUUUUCCAGUUUUUCACGGGAAAUGAGCGCUGGAAAAUGGUUCUGUUGGCGUCGGCGGUGCCAUCGGCUGCGAAGUACAUCCGAUCAGCGCUUCUCGCUUUUCCGGCCAUCGCCGGCAACAAUUUCGCCAGUCUGAUGAAAGCCUGCGAGACUGCCGUUUUUGAUCGCAUCAAACUAAGAGUAAAAAGCAUCGGAAGGGAUUCGAAAAGAAGUAAGAAGUUCAGGAGAAAGACGCCGAGAAGGGAAUCGAGCCUGGAGAGCCGACCGACUUCAUCGACUUGUUCCUCGACGCCAGAGCCGAUGUCCACUUUGAGGACAACGCUGAUUUUGAGAAGCAGAGUUUAAAGGUACAGUUAGAUAUAAUAAUAGUCAAGAAAAAGUUUGGUCACAUUUUUUUCCUUUGUCGAUUAGGUUUAUCAUGACUCACAUUCAUAUCAACUCAUUUUUUCUGACCUGUCUGCGCUCUUUUUUCUCUUAGCAGUGAGAAAAGAUGAAACUAGCACUCAAAUGUAUAUAACAAGCAGAACCGUUUCAGAAGAAUGAAUUUAUUCCCAAAAAAUGACUGGUAUUUUUGAAAAUGAUACCUUGCAAAUAUCUGAAGCACAAAAAAAGUUUGGAUACAUAUUCAAAAAAAGGUCGUUUUCUGAUUAUAGACCUUAUUCACACUGAUUUCAAAAUUUUAAAUUGUCUGAGCCCUCUUUUUAACUUGGUGAUAGAAAAAAGCAAAAAGAGCUUGAAUAUGCGAUUUAUGGAAGAAUGGUUAAACAAACCAAAAGCUGCAAUUCCAGGUUUUGCGACAACUGACAACGGACGAGAUCAUCGCCCAGUGCUUUGUUUUCCUGGUCGCCGGCUUCGAUACGACGGCUCUUUCGCUUUCCUACGCCGCUUAUCUUCUGGCGACGCAUCCAGAAGCUCAGAAGAAGCUCCAGAAGGAGAUUGACGACGUGCUGACAACCCCGGUAUCUUUCGAAGUGCUCGAGGCAUAUUCAUCUUCAAUUUUCAGUCGAUUUCCUUCGAAGAACUCGGCAACUUGAAGUACAUGGACGCGGUCAUCAAGGAAACACUUCGGCUGUACCCUCUCGCCGCGCUGUUAGUACUCUUCCAGCGAUUCUUCCAUUAUGACUUCUAGGGCCAACUCGAGAAGAUGCAUGAACCCGACGAUCCUUGGCGGCAUCCCAAUAGAGAAGGACACGUUCAUCUGGCUGGACACUUGGAGCAUCCACCGGGACACCAGCGUCUGGGGCGAGAACGCUAAAGAUUUCGUGCCGGAACGGUGAGGCAGGAAGGUCUUUUCGAGAAUAUUGAAAUCAGUUCAGAUGGCUCGACGCCGAGGUGAAGAACAACGCAUGGAUCCCCUUCGGCCACGGCCCGCGACAGUGCAUCGGAAUGCGGUUGGCUCUGAUGGAGGAGAAGCUCUUGCUCUCCCACAUCCUUCGUCGAUAUGAUCUCUGCGUCGGAGCCAAAACUGAGGUGAGAUGCUCUCGAAGCCUCAGAAAGUCUUUAAAGGACUUAUUUUGGGAUUUCAUCAGAGAGAACAGAAAUAUAUAGCAUAACUCACGCAAAAUAACUAGGAGAACAGUUCGAGCCUCCUCUUUGGCAGCACUUUAGAAAAAAAAGCUCGGAAAUACUUGAAAAAAACGGAAUUUAUCUUUUUUUUCUGUAAUUCACUUAUUACACCUCGUUUCGUCUUUUUUUUUAAAACUUAAAAGUUUAUCAGUGAGAAAAAAAAUUUAACUAGAUGUCAUAAAAAGCUGGAAGAAUUCUCCAUAAUUGAGAAUGUCGGCUCAAAAUUGUUUUUAUAGUAAGUCCAAAUUAUUUUAUGAAAUUGAGAUGAGUCAAAAAAUUUCAUUCUGAAAUUAGUUAUAGCUGUUUUGAGGGAAAUAUAGAAAAGCAGGACCUAAUAUUUGACUCGAAAGGGAGGUCGUAUCAGUAUGAAAUGAUUUUUCAAAGUUGAGAAAUAAUAUUAUCAAGCUUAAUUUUGUGUUGAACGUAAAACUUUGAAAACCAUUUUUUUAUAUCGAAAAAAAUUUAAUUAUGCCCAGAUUGCAACGGUUUAAUUUACAUGUGUAAUGAUUAAAAUAAUCUCUUAUUUCACUAUAUUUUUUUCUGGAUGAGCUAAAAAAACUUCCCAAACGGAAAGAAUACGUAGGAUUUGACGGUUUUUAACUGUAUCAACUUUUUCUCAAAAGUUUUUUUCUUUAUCAAAUACGCUAUUUUCACUCAACAUUUUUUUCAGAUCCCAUUGGAACUCUACGGCACUGCAACUAUACAGCCACGCUCCGUUCACCUAUACGUAAAAUCGAGAUAA